CAACAAGUGUCAGAACACCAAGUACAGGACACACCAGAGACCAGGCUGAGAGAGACAGCGACAGAGGGCAACCAAUGUGCAACACAAUUUGGGAUUUCCACAGUUUACACACUGACAGAAGACAGGACCUAGAAAAUUAUGUUUGGCAUCAGGAAGCGCAUCCAGGACCACCUGGUGGAGCGAAGAAUCCGCCGAACCCGGCUGGUGACCAAAUAUGGCCAAUGCAACAUUGAAUUUGGUAACGUGAAAUGCGGCAACCAGUUUGCCUUCCUCGUGGACUUCUGGACGACCUUCGUAGAGUUCCGCUGGCGCUUUGUCCUCUUCUUCUUCACCGUCUCGUUCACCCUGAGCUGGUUCAUCUUCGGACUACUGUGGUUCUGGAUCGCCUGGAGCAACGGGGACCUGACCUGGCAGAACCCCUCAAAAGGCCACAAGUACUGUGUGGAAAAUGUUUCCGAUCUCAUUACAGCAUUCCUCUUCUCCAUGGAGACCCAGACCAGCAUCGGGUAUGGUGUACGCGUCAUCACCCCUCACUGUUCUGGUGCUGUAACCCUCAUCAUUGCCCAGUUUCUCAUAGGUUCCAUCAUCAACUGUUUCAUGUGUGGAAUCAUCCUGGCCAAAAUCUCCAUCCCUAAGAAAAGGGCCAAGACCAUCACAUUCAGUCAGACAGCUGUCAUCUGUCCUAAGAAGGACUUCCUUUGCCUCAUGAUAAGAGUGGCCAACUUACGCAAGACCCUGAUGAUCGGGAGCCAGAUUUAUGGCAAGUUGUUGAGGACAACCAUCAAACCCAAUGGGGAGACAAUCAUCAUGGAUCAGGUGAACAUUGAGUUCAUGGUGGACGCUGGGAAGGACAACCUCUUCUUUGUGUGCCCUCUCACACUCUACCAUGUGAUUGACAAGGCGAGCCCUUUUUUUGAGAUGGCAGUGGACACACUCCAUAAGCAGGAAUUUGAGCUGGUGGUCUUUCUGGACGGCACAGCCGAGACCACCAGCUCAGCCUGCCAGGUCAGGACCUCCUUCAUCCCUCAGGAGAUCAUGUGGGGUUACAGCUUCCUGCCAAUCAUCUCCCGCAGUAAAGAGGGCAAGUACAGAGUGAACUUCUCCAACUUCUCCAAAGUGGUGCCCGUGGCCACUGCACAUUGUUCCUAUUGCUUCCACAACAUGAAGGGACACCACCUCCACUCCAUUAACGGAAUCGACAAUUGGGAAUUUGAAGCAAAUGAUAACUUAGAACAACCUAAUAUGACCAAGUUGUGAGCUUAUGUGGCCUGAGGAAUAGAAGACAGUUAUAGGUUGUACACGCUUAGAAAAAUGGAUGCUAAAUGGUUCUUCGGCAGUGCCCAUAGAAUAGCUAUUUUUAGUUUAACAUUGCAAAAAUUACAAAUCUUUGUCUCAUCUCGCACCAGCGACUCCUGUGGUGGGCCAGGCACAGUGCACGCCAACCAAGGUUGCACAGUGUUUCCUCCAAAACAUUGGUGUGGCUGGCUUCCGGGUUGAAUGUGCGCUGUGUUAAGAAGCAGUGCGGCUUGGUUGGGUUGUGUUUCGGAGGACGCACGGCUUUCAACCUUCAUCUCUGCUGAGCCCGUACGGGAGUUGUAGCGAUGAGACAAGAUAAUUAAUUAAUAAGUAAUUACUAACAAUUGGACACCAUGAAAUUGGGGAGAAAAAGAGGGUAAAAUUUACAAAUAAAAAUCAUAUUAUCCUAUUUUAAGACUGAUUUACAUAUCAAGUGCUAACUGUGUUAGACUAUUUAGCUUGUUUUAGGAAUAUAUGUCUUGAGUUGUCUUACCACAAGUUAAAUGAGACACAUUCUUGAGGGAACAGCUUUUUGAAGCUGGAAUCUACUGAUGACAAUAAUUUGAAGAUAUCACACUUGAAGAGACUAUCAAAUUCAUAUUUGUAUUAAAAACAUUUACAAUCCA